AUGUCUUGCUUUCAACAACGCAGAGAGUCUCUACUCGUUUCACAGAGCCAACAUCCACGAGCGUCGCCGUGCAGCUACAUUUGCGAGGCUGUUUCCAUUGCUUUUGUUCCUCCUGGUGACUUUUCUAGCAGCACUUGGCUUCGUGCUAUCAACGAGACUGCUGCUGUCCAUUUGCGCAGUUCUGAAUGCCAGCCUGUGUCUUGGAAUGAGCUGCAGAGGAAUUCUUUGCCUGCUCGGUGUCCGGAAGAUGGCGCUGGAGCUGCAGAGCGAAGUCGUCGAGUUGCACGAGGAUGGCAUUCAGCAUCUCAUCGUUAUCGCCAACUACAAAGAGGUGCAAAGCCUUGA